AUGAGUAAAAGAGGUUAUAGCAUCGAUAGCGACACACAACCAGCAAAGGUAACGCGUAAGAAUGAUGAACCUGUACCACAGACGUCCAAGACGGAUUUAACAUCGCACGUCGACCUCACAGAAAGAAGCAUUACAGUCGGGCAGGAUGAAAAAGCUUCAGACAAAAACCAAUCUGCUACGACGAAACAGGUUAUAUCCAUCAUAGAAAAAUCGGUGAACCCUGCAUCAACCAUCCAGGGCGAGUUAUAUUGUACGUAUUUGGCCAUAUCAAUCAUUCUCCACCAAUUCAAAAAGCAGAACAAGUUUGUAGUCGCAACAGAAGUGUCGGAAGCAGGGAAAUUCGAUGACAUUCUGUACCACUACGAAUCGCCAAAUGACACCAGCACCUUCUACAUACAAGCAAAGCAUAAAAAAAAGUUUGGGGUUUGCAUCACGGAAAGGGAUCUAUGCGUCACCAAUGGUGAAUUCUCGAUUCCCAUGUACUUUUCAUCAUUUCUGGCGAUCGAUAAGAAACUAACAGAAGGAGUACCCGAAGAUCGCAAAGAUGAACACAAAACUCGUUAUGCCAUAUGUACGAAUGCUGAACUUCAUAAGAACGUCGAACGUUAUUUUACGGAAAUCGAACCGCAGGAGGAUGAAUCUUUGCAGUUUUGUGAAGAUAUAGGUGCAACAUGUUAUCAGUUCUUUUGCGACAUACCAGCUCUGAUAGCACCAUUAAGGAAAUCGUAUAUAGAUAAACUGAAAACAGAAAUCGGGUUUUAUACGCAAAAGGACGACUUUUUUAGCAAAUUUUUGCUUAUAUGCAAAUCCUGCAAUCAGGAAAAACUACGCUCAAAUGCAGGGAACCUGUUGCCAAAGUGGUGUGAUAAAGUUCAACGUGAGACAGUUAUUGAUAAGCUAGAGGCUUUACUGAUUAACGGCAUACACAAUCAACGACGUUACUACAUGAACCUUGAACGUAUGCAACACUGGAUUUCGGGAAUAGAGCCCAACCAACACGUUGGUGACUUGAGACGUUCUUCAGAAGAGUGCCUUAAGUCAGGGCAGGAGAAAUAUCCCUACGUUGAAAUAGACCCGAAACGCUUGAAAGAAUUAAAGUUGUAUGCAUUUGUUAAGAACGCGUCUGACUGUGGGGUUUAUGAGUUUAACAGCAGGUUUGAUUGGAUCGUAAGCUGUCGCAUUUUAGAUCAAGCGCUAUCACUGUUGCAAUGUGAAACAUUAUUUGUUGAUAGUACAAAGUAUACAACGCAGGAAGCUAUGAUGAAUAUCCUCGAUGAUUUGCUGUUGUAUCUCAGAGAUGUAAAUCAUUCUGCUAUCAAAGUAAUCACAAUACUAGCGAAUCACAGCCAUGGAUUCGUUGGUGGGAUCAAGAAAAUAACCGAAAAAUAUUGCCAUAAGAUCAUUGUUGUAGUGAAGAUGUCCGAAGGUUCCCAAAAGGGCGAGAAUUUUGAAAGAAUUUUAGUGCAGGAUCUAUCAGAAAAUGCUUCGAACCAGUUGCACAAGCAAGCUGAACGAAUGAUGUUCGGAACUAUCGCGCCCCUAAGUAGCAUUGUGGAAGCUACCGAUGAUUUGAGUUUUUUAAUAUAUGUAUUGGAGCUCUGUGGCCAAUCAAGGAAAGUAAGGGAUAUUAACUUAAAUGAACAUAAUUAUGAACAGAUUAAACAUUGGUACGUUCAGCGUCAUUUUGAGCCAUACGACUACGAGGGAAAGCCGGAAAGUUCUGAAAAUCUCUUGAUUAAAGGUCCAAGCCUAUUACAUGUGGAAAGAGUCCUAGCUUCGAAUGAUAAAGAACCCGUUGCACCUAGUUUUCGAGAAAGUAACGGCGGCAAGGUAUGUAUCUUCCUCAACGAUGCCGGAUUCGGUAAAACAACCUACUUCACCUGGUUAGCCUGGCAUUUGUCAACCUCCGAUCCAUCGCUUUAUUUUGUAAAAAUUACCGCACUGGAAUAUUCAACCGAUUUCGACCGAUUGAAACAGAGCGACGUGCAAAACUCUGACGAUAUAAAAAUCGUGAGGAUUCUAUAUCGCUACAUCCAUUUAGCGUUGUUCGUACAGCGUGUAAAUAGCCGUAACAUCGAAGAGAUUGAUAAAGACCGAAACAAAGCCGAUGAUUGUGCAAAACUGUUGACGUUCGCCAGUGACAAAGGUAAACUCGUGCUAAAGAAAGCAAAUAAGCUGUCAACGAAAGAUUUAAUCGAGUUGCGUAUGUUUCAGCAAAAGUUUAACCAUAAGAAGCUCGUGAUAAUUCUGGACGGGUUUGACGAGAUCACGCCAUGGAGUGCCUCAAUUUCUGCAUCGAACGUUUGCAGACUCCAUCUGGUUGAACGAAUUAUAAAUAGAAAGAUAGAGAUUUUCAUCAAAGAUAAGGCGAUUGUGGCAGAUAAGAACACUGAAGAACAAUGGAAAAAAGAAAUAAAGGAACAGCACAUGCUUUUGGCCUCGUACGUUAUAUUCGAUAAAAACGACAGAGAAAUUCUGUUAUCCAGUAAGGAACAGAAGCGUGCUAUCGAGAUAAUUGAGGAAGUGAACCAAGGCGACGUAACAACGGGAAUCGUCAUUGGAGUACAAAAUGAAGUACCUCAAUUUAUCCACAGAAUGUAUGCAGAAUAUUUCACCGCCUGUUGGUUAUACGAAAACUGGGAACGGUUUAAGAGUGAGAGCAUUUUUCGUUCUCAAACGAUCUGGUCGUAUCGUUUCAAAGAAAUCCGCGAAUUUUUCGACCGACUGAUACUUAGAGAAAGCGAAGGUUGUGAUUUACACUUGGCUCUGGUGAACAAAUCCCACGAAGAGAUUAAAAAAGUGUUGCGUGAUAAGCCUUCUCUUAUUGAUGUCAAAGAUAAGGUUGGCCGCUUGCCUUUGCAUUUGUUACACUAUCUUUUAGACGUAGACGAAGACAAAGGCACAUCAUUCUAUCGCUCUAUAUUGAACAAAUUAGACGAAGUAAAUCAAAUAUUGCAAAACCCACGAAAUAGAGAUGGUGAAUUUAUUAAUCAAAAAGACGAGCUUUGCAAAUGGAAUGCUUUGGAUUAUGCCUUUGUUCUCAACGAGUGGGAUUUAACAGGAUAUCUCUUUACAAAAGGUGUCGAACCUGAUAUGGACAAUUUAAUUGAACAGGUGUGUUCAAAUCAUUUGGAUACAUUAUUGGUGCAGGAAAAAAAGUAUACAAACAAAUGUUUCGGUCGAAAGGACUUGCCAGAUGUACUGAGCGAACGUAUGGCAAAGUAUCUCAUCGAACACAAACAAAUAGAUGUUUAUUCUCCAAUUGCAGAAUUAAAUUCUUUAUCGGUGUUGGACAAAGUUGUAACAAUAGGCUCUCUUUCUAUGCUUCGUCAACUAAUUACAACAUCAGAUCCACAAGGAUUCGGUAUGGACGAUCGUGCCAACCGUUUGUUACAGUUAUCGUUGGACAACCGAUUUGACAAAAUUACAAUGUAUCUUGUGGAACAACAUCCUUCACUCGUGUCCUUCAUUAAUGACGGUCAUGUUUUAUACUUUUGUGCUAAAAGCGCAAUUCAAAACAAUCUCAUAGAAUUGUUCAUAACAAUCUUUACAAAGUUCUGCUUCACACAGAAAAUUGAUUGUGUUGAAGAAGACAAAAUUAUCGAUGAAUUUGUCGAUCUAGGUGAGAAUGAAACGUUUGAAGUAGAGAUCCCUUUUGAAAAAUAUUGCUGUAUCCAAUAUACUUCCCAAGAACUAGAAUCCAAUGAAGAAGGAUUGUUGUGUGCAGCAAUACACUACGGUAACAUACAAAUAGUUAGUUACAUACUUCAGAAAACGAAUAAAGCCAUUACGUUCAAAUUAGUUAAACAGAUUAUGCAACAAUUACGAGGAGUGGACCACAAUUACAGAAAUCAUAAAACAUGUGCAGCCACAUUCAAAUAUUUGUUCAAGAAGAUCCCCGAUUUGUACGCUGUUGAUGAGGAAGAGCUUAACUUGUUUCUCAUGACCAUUAAGUAUGGCUGCGUGUACAUGCUGCACAGCUUGAUUGCCAUUGGGUUUGAUACAACAAAGAUAAAUAUGAUAAACCUUUUGAAAGUUUUUCAACAACGCUUAAACAGCUGGGCAGAAAAAUCUUCGGCCAAUAUAUUUGUAUAUCUCGAACAACGAUCGAUAGUGGAUUUUUACGAUAAACUUGGCCCAAUGAGUGAGCGUAUUUUUGAUAUUGCAAUUAGCAAAGAACGUUUCAUUGUAGCAAAAGCGCUAGUAGAAAACAAAUUCCGCAAUCUUUCUAAUUCUGAAAAGCAAAAUCUCGAAGAGCUUCAUCAGUAA